CGCAAAGAGUCGGACACGACUGAGCCACUGAACUGAACUGAAGAUAAAAUUAACAAAGUAUUUCGUGCCAAUUUCUCUGGCGCCCUUGGCGUUCUGGGAAAGACGUGUCUUCUUAAUUCAUGGCAUGGAUUCCUUGGCGGUCAGUUGCAGAACGCAUCCCUACCAAUGGUGUUUGGCCCCUUUAAAGGCGGUUACUCACUGCUCGGGCGUGGCUUGGGAGAGGUCAUUCCCUGGAGCCUUCUGAAGUUGACGAAGGCCUUUUCUCCUGGCAACUGGGAACUACAAGACCCAGAGUGCCCAGCGUCGAAGGCGACGCUGCUGAGGCAAUGAUGGCGCAGAAAAAAGCUAUUUCCGCUGGGGAACAAUCCUAAGGGGAGGGACUUCUGGCCUUCUCCUUAAGGCGGACAUUUUAACUCCGCCGGUUCUGUUCUGUAUGAGAGGGCUGUCAGGACCCGAGUGACGGGAACAGGAAGGUCCGAGAGGGGCUGCUGUCGUUGCUGCAAAGAGACGGGUCUGAACCUCGGCGACACCGCCUGGGGUCCGCCGCUCCCGGGUCUCCCCGCCUCUCCUAGCCCCGCUACCUCCAGAGUCCGAUGGCGGCGGCGGCGGCGGCGGCGCUGAGGGAGCAGCCUCAGGUCAGUGUGAACUUUGAAGAUGUAGCUGUGACCUUUUCCUGGGAGGAAUGGGGUCUCCUUGAUGAGCCUCAGAGAUGCCUGUACCGUGAUGUGAUGCUGGAGAACUUGGCACUUAUAACCUCCCUGGGUUGUUGCCAUGAAGUGGAGAACGAGAAGACUUCUUUUGAGCAAAAUGUUUAUUUUCAAAGAAUGUCACAGAUCAGGACUCCCAGGGCAGAUCUAUCCUCCAAAAAGGCCCACCCCUGUGAACUAUGUGUCCAAAUAUUGACAGACUUUCUGUACUUGGAUGAAUGUCAAGGAAUACAUUCAAAGCAGAAAUUACAUAGGUCUGGGAAACAGUUGUAUGUCAGAACAAACCUUCAUCAGCCUCAGAAGCAGUGCAUUGGGGAGAAAUUCUUCAGAAGAGAUGUGGAUAGAACUUCAUUUGUGAUGAGCUGCAAAUUCCAUGUAUCAGGAAAGUCAUUAGUUUUCAGGGUGGUUGAGAAGGACUUCUUGACCAGGUCUCAAUUUAUCCAGCAAUGGGCUACUAACACCUGGGAGAGGUCAAGCAGAACUGAGUGUGAGGCAGCCUUUCAGAGGGGAAAAACUUAUCCUAACUGGGGAGAAGUUAGCAAGAAGUCACACCUCAUUGUAUACCAGAGAGUUCACACCAGGGAAAGGCCAUAUAAAUGCAGUGAAUGUGGGAAGUCAUUUAGCCGAAACUCUACGCUCCUUCAACAUCAGAGAAUCCACACUGGAGAAAGACCUUAUGAGUGCAGUGAAUGUGGGAAAACUUUUAAUCAACGUUCUGCUCUUCAUCAGCAUCAGCGACUUCACACUGGUUCAAGGCCUUAUAAGUGCACUGAUUGUGGGAAAUCCUUUGCCGAUAAUUCCACCUUCAUUAAACACAGGAGAAUUCACACUGGAGAAAGGCCUUAUGAGUGCAGCAAAUGUGGGAAAGCAUUUUCCCAAAGUUCUUCACUCCUUCGACAUCAGAGGGUUCACACUGGGGAAAGGCCUUAUGAAUGUGGAGAGUGUGGAAAAUCAUUUAGGCAAAAGCCCAACCUUAUUCAACAUUGGAGAAUUCACACUAGAGAAAGACCUUUUAAAUGUGAGAAAUUAUUUAGCAACAAGUCCCAUCUCACUGAACACCAAAGAGUUCACAGUAGAGAAAGGCCAUAUGAGUGUGGGGAAUGUAAGAAAUUCUUUAGCAAGAGGUCCCACCUUAUUAUACACCAGAGAGUUCACACUGGGGAAAGGCCAUAUAAAUGCAGUGAAUGUAGGAAAUCAUUUAGCCAAAACUCUACACUCCUUCAACAUCAGAGAAUCCACACUGGAGAAAGGCCUUAUGAGUGCAGUGAAUGUGGGAAAACUUUUAAUCAGUGUUCUGUUCUUCAUCAGCAUCAGCGACUUCACACUGGUUCAAGGCCUUAUAAGUGCACUGUUUGUGGGAAAUCCUUUGCUGAUAAUUCCACCUUCAUUAAACACAGGAGAAUUCACACUGGAGAAAGGCCUUAUGAAUGCAGCAAAUGUGGGAAAGCGUUUUCCCAAAGUUCUUCACUCCUUCGACAUCACAGAGUUCAUUGGAGAAAAAUCUUACAAGAAAAUAUGAGAAGCUGAUUAGCCCAAGCUGUUUUUCAACAUUAGAGAACUCACACUGAAUCAAAGCCAUGUGUGAGUGCCAUGAGUGUUGAAAGUACUUUGCAAAAAGCUUCAGAUUCAUUAAACACUUGAGUGUUCAUACUGCAGAAAGGCAUUAUAUUGUAGGAAAUGUCUGAAUUCCUUUACCUACAACUCUAGUCUCAUAGAACACCAUAAUGUUCACACUGGAUAAUAGCCUUGCAGAUGUGACUAAUGUGGGAAAUUUUUUUUUAUCUGAAACUCUAGCCUCAUUACAUACUGGAGAGUUCACAGACUUCACUCUUAUUUCAUUGAAUACCACAAAGUUCAGAAACAAGAGUUGUACAGGGAUGAAUUAUUGGUCAGUAUAACACUGGGGAGAUCCCUUAUGAGGGUGUUGACCUCAUACAUGCAAUAAACCACUUAUAUUCCAGGUUUAUGGGAGCUUCAGUGCAAUUCUUAACCUGCCCAGAACCCUUACCAGAUUUAUGUCAUUGCCAGUUCCAUAGCAAAAGCCAUUUCACCACUGUUGUAUGGCCAGGUGUUCAUGAUGUACAGUUUUGAACCACCCUGAGUCCAGGGAAGAACACUUUGAUGUUGUCCCAUUUAUGGGAGCCUUUGUAAUAAGUCUGAGCACUCAUUCCUUUCUAAUUCUUUUGAUGGGUUACAUCUCUGAGUUGACCUAUUUUUGUUCUAGGCUACUCUGCUGGUGACUUGCAAACUGAGCCUACUUUUCUCAGUGUCUAUUGUGACUCCUGUGAUGAGAUUUUCCUCCCCUUCAUGCCUCAAGCCCAGGAAUAGUCUGUGUCCCAUUGUACUGGUUUGUGUGAAAAAUGAAGACCUUACUCUUUUUUAA